AUGGCGGCCUUCGCACUGUCCGUUGCGAGCAGCACUGCACCACCGUGCCGCCUGGAGCUCUCCCGAACCACCAACCAAUUACCCGGCCAACCUCGCUCCACGGCCACGCGUGCCACCCAUUCCCUGGCUGCUGACUACGACGGAUUCCGUCAGACGUCAACUCUCCCGUCAACCUCCACCAUAUCUCACUCCGACGCGUUCACCGCCAACAUCACCCGUCAGCUCGCUCCCGCCUCGUCAUCCUCCGCACAUCGCGCGACGGUAUCCGCCGUCUUCGACCGGUUCACGGAGCGCGCGAUUAAAUCCGUGAUGCUGGGUCAGCGCGAGGCGAAGGCGCUCGGGCGGAAGGAGGUAGCGACGGAGCAUCUCCUCCUGGGGCUUAUCAUGGAAGAUCGCGCCAGCAGCGGCACCGCCAGCGCGAAGGGUUACCUCAACACCGGUGUGACCAUUGACGGCGCUCGCGAAGCCGUUCGCGGAAUGAUUCGCGACGGCACGCUUUCGCCGUCCGAGGGCUCGGAUAAGCCCGCGUCGGAGGUGCCGUUCUCGGCGGGGAGCAAGCGGGUGUUCGAAGCGGCUCUGGAAGAGUCGCGGAAGCUUCGGCACAAUUUCAUCGCGCCCGAGCAUUUGGUGAUGGCGGUGUUGAGCGUCGAGUUCGACGCUGCUGGGAAACUUCUUGAAAGGCUGGGCGUGCCCAAGGAGCGCGUGCGCGCGGAGGCGGUGGCGCGGCUGAAGGGCGAGCUGGCGACGGAGGGGCGCUCCACUGACUCCAUCUCGCUCUCCGCCAAGCCCUCCGCCGCCUCCGCCAAGUCUUCCCCCGACCCCGCGAGGGCCGCCGCGCUCUCGUCGUCCUCCAGCUACAGCAAGAAGGGCUCCAAGAAGGAGAAGAGCGCGCUCGAGGAGUUCUGCAUGGAUCUGACGGUGAUGGCGAUGACGGGCGACAUCGACCCGGUGAUCGGGCGCGACCACGAAGUGUCGCGCGUGGUGCAGAUCCUCGCGCGCCGCACCAAGAACAACCCGCUGCUGCUCGGCGAACCGGGCGUUGGGAAGACCGCCAUCGCCGAGGGCCUCGCGCUGCGCAUCGCCGAGAACGACGUCCCGGUCUUCCUGCAGGGCAAGCGCGUGAUGGCGCUGGACAUGGGGCGCCUCAUCGCGGGCGCCAAGGAGCGCGGCGAGCUCGAGGCGCGCGUCACGGGGCUCGUCUCGGAAGCCACUAGCGCGGGCGACGUCAUUCUCUUUAUCGACGAGAUCCAUACCGUUGUCGGGUCCGGCGCCGUGUCGCGCGGGCGCGGCGCGGGGGGAGGGGGUGGCGGCGGGCUGGACAUCGCGAACCUGCUCAAGCCGGCUCUCGCGCGGGGGCAGCUGCAGUGCAUGGGAGCCACAACCAUCGGCGAGUAUCGCAAGCACGUGGAGAAGGACAAGGCAUUGGCGCGGCGCUUCCAGCCAGUGGAUGUCGCAGAGCCGUCGCAGGACGACGCGCUGCUCAUCCUGCACGGCCUGCGCCGCCUCUACGAGCACCACCACAAGUGCCACGUCAGCGACGACGCGCUCAUCGCGGCCGUCCAGCUGUCGGCGCGCUACAUCUCGGACCGCUUCCUGCCGGACAAGGCGAUCGACCUGGUCGACGAGGCCGCGAGUCGCGCCGUGAUUGACGGGUUCAGGUGGAACCGGCAGCGCGAGACGAGCGUGCUGCACAGGGGACCGGAGGAGUACUGGCGGGCGAUCAGAGCGGCUCAGGCGGCGAUCAAUGCGGUGGAGGAGGUGCAGUCGCCACUGGGGUCAGCAGGGGGCCCAUCAGCGUUUCUCUCAGAAGACCCCAAGCCCUCUGCUGCGCCUGCUGCCAACCCUUCCUGGUCCCCUGCUGGCGAUGGCGACAGUCUGUCCAUAGGACCAGAGGACAUAGCAGCGGUGGCGUCCCAGUGGACGGGCAUCCCCUUACAGCAGCUGACAGCAGACGAGCAGCGCCACCUCACUGCUCUCGAGCCAGCGCUGCACUCGCGAGUGGUGGGGCAGCACAAGGCUGUCAGCGCCAUUGCCCGGGCUGUGCGGCGAGCACGGGAGGAAGCAAUGAUCCGGCUAGACAUGAGCGAGUACAUGGAACGCCAUGCGGUCAGCAAGCUCAUCGGCGCGCCUCCGGGCUACGUGGGCUUUGGGGAGGGCGGCAAGCUCACUGAGGCCGUGCGACGCCGGCCGUUCUCGCUGCUGCUGCUGGACGAGAUCGAGAAGGCGCACCCCGACGUCUUCAAUCUCCUGCUGCAGAUCUUUGAAGACGGCAGGCUGACAGACUCCCAAGGCCGGCACGUGUCAUUCAAGAACACGCUCAUCAUCAUGACCAGCAACGUCGGGUCACAGGCAAUUGCGCGUGGUGGCGGCAACAGAGUGGGGUUCCUGCUGCCAGGAGCGGACGAGGCGGACGGGGGGCGGUACGGGGGGCUCAAGGCGCUGGUUAUGGACGAGUUGAAGAGCCACUUCCGCCCCGAGCUGCUCAACCGCAUCGAUGAAGUCGUGGUGUCCCGAUCGCUUGAAAAGGACCAGGUACGAGCGAUUGUGGACAUGAUGAUUAAGGAGACGUCCAUCCGUCUCUCAGAGAAAAACAUCCGCCUGGAGGUCUCCGAGGCGCUCAUUCAGCGCAUCUGCGACGAGGGCUACGACCGCUCCUACGGCGCCCGGCCGCUGCGCCGCGCCGUCACGCGAUUGGUGGAGGAUCCGAUCAGCGAGGCGGUGCUGUCGGCCAAUAGUGGCGGAGGGCUGGUGGCGGGAGGGAGCGUAUCGGUGGUGGGGGGAGCGUUUGAGGAGGGUGAUACAGCUCUGGCUGAUAUCGGGCCCGAUGGAGAGCCGUUUGUGAUGCGGAUUCCCAAGACUGAGUUGCUGAGAGUCUAG